AUGGAUGUUAUAGAUAGCGAGGAAGCAGAAAUCAUGGCUUGUAGGAAAGCUUUGGAAUUUGCAAUUGAUGCAGGUUUCACAGAGUUGUCCAUUGGGUCACAUUCUGAACAAUAUACAAUGCUAGCUUCAGGGACUUGGAUGGUACACGGUAUGUAUGGCCCCGGUGGAGUGGGUAAAACAACCAUUGCAAAAGCUGUUUAUAACAAAAUAUUAGAUCAUUUCGAAGGAAGCAGCUUUUUGGAAAAUGUUAGAGACAAGUCAAGGACAUUUGAUGGCAUUAUCCAACUACAAGAGAUACUUCUUCGUGAGAGCCUAGGGAUGAAUGGACAACUGAAGGUGUGCAAUGAAUUGAAAGGAACCAUUGCGAUAAAGAACAUACAUCGCAAUAAAAGAAUUCUUCUAAUUCUUGAUGAUGUGGAUAAAUUUUACCAAAUAGAAAGAUUGAUUGGAGGAUUUGAUUGGCUUGGUACUGGAAGUCGAAUAAUUAUAACAACAAGAAAUAAACAUUUCUUACAAACUUUAAGAAUACAUCAUUCGACUUAUGAGCUUAAGGAAUUAGAUGAUCAUGAAGCUCUUGAACUAUUUAGUAUGCAUGCCUUUCAUAAAAACAAACCCGAGGAAGAUUAUUUAAAACUUACUGAUCAAGUUAUAUGUUAUGCCAAGGGCCUUCCAUUAGCUCUAUCAAUAAUUGGUGCCAAUUUGCAUGGAAGAAGUGAAAUGGAAUGGAAAAGUGCAUUAGAUAAGUACAAAAUGAUUCCUGACAAAGAUAUUCAAAAAGUACUCCAAGUAAGUUAUCAAGGAUUGGAUGAAACGGAGCAAGAUAUUUUUCUCUAUCUUGCAUGUUUCUUCAAGGGUCUUUACAAGGAUUAUGUUAUAGAUAUACUAAAUUCUUGCAAUCUAUAUCCAGUUAUUGGUAUUAAAAAUCUUAUAGAUAAGUGUCUCAUAACUGUUGAUCAAUUUAAAAAAUUAUGGAUGCAUGACUUGCUACAACAAAUGGGUAGAGAGAUUGUUCGACAAGAAUCACCACAAAUACUUGGAUUGCGUAGCAGACUAUGGUGUUAUAAGGAUGCUUUUGAAGUACUAACGGAAAAUAAGGGAUCUAAUAACAUUCGAGGCAUAAUGAUAAUCUCGCCUGAACCAACAAAGUUGCAACUAAAAGCUAACUGUUUUGAGAAGAUGGGAAAUCUCAAGUUCCUUUUGGUUAGUAAUGUUGAUACUUGUGGAGAUCUUGAAUAUCUUCCCAAUGGAUUAAGGGUGCUUGAUUGGUCUAGAUUUCCUUCAUCUUCCCUACCAUCCAAUUUUCGUCCUCACAACCUUGUUGUACUUAACAUGCCACAAAGUCCCAUUAUAUUGGACAAGAUUUUCGAGGUUGCCCGAUAUUCCACAAGAAAUGAAAAAUUUAAGUAUCUAUGUUUGGCACACACUUCCAUUAGAGAACUUCCUCCAUCAUUUAGGAAUCUCACUGGGUUUGAGCGAUUAGAUUUUGGUUCUUUCAAUUUGUGCCAUCUUCCAAGAAGCCUCGAUCAAUUGCAACAGCUUCGCAUACUCAGGCUUCUUGAUUAUGACCAUUUGCAACAAUAUUUGUCAAAUUAUGGUUUUCUAAGGUUGAAUUUUCUACAAAAGUUGACUUCUUGUUUCACCCCCUCAAAGAAAUGUUCAUUAUUGGGGAGUGAAGAUUUGAGCCUCCAAGAAAGCAUUGUCAAAUUCAAUAGAUUACAAUUGCUUCAGAUUAGGGAUUCCAAGUUACUUCAGAAAAUUCCAAAGCUUCCAGAAAGUAUAAGAGAAGUAUGGGCAAUAAAUUGCAUCUCAUUGAAUUCAGAAUCAGUAAGAGAAUUAUUCCUUCAGCUUAGAAGAAAGUUAGAGCUUCCACAAAAUACAAAAUAUGGAGACAACAUAUUAAUGGAUUCUUAUUCACGUUGCAAAUUAUCGCAUCAGAUUGAUUACUCUUCCAAGAUUGGUUGCUCUUCUAAGAUUGAUUACUCCCUCUCCCUCUUCAAGCCCUCACGCACUCUACAUGAGUUUCUGAUGAAUUCUAUAAGGGAUUAUAGAGAGUCAUAUAAUAUUAUAGUAACAGGAAAGAAGAUUCCAAAGUGUGUUUCUCAUAGCCAAUUACAGCAGUAUUUCAGAAACAUGAUGCAAGGUGAUCAGAAUCUUGUUGAGGUUUCAUGUAAAAUCUCUUGGUGGAGUAGUAGAAAUGGAAAAUUCGCUCCUGUGAUUGCAAGGAUGGGGUUACAUGCAGAAUGCAUUUGUCAUCCUCCAAAUUCUGUUAUCAUUGAUGACAACUCUCAAAAUGUUAAUGACAACUCUAACUACUCUGAAAAUGUUGAUGAUAGCUCUGAUGACAAUUGA